GGCUUUGGAGCUGGGACUGCAGUGUUCUGAGCUCAGUGAAAGCAGUCAAGGGAGGAGGCGGGACUCCGGCGAGUUCCCCUUCCACCUUCCCCCACCCUUCUCUUCCCACCUCUCUUCCACCUCUAGCUGGAUUUCAGCCUUUGCUGCAGCUGCUCUCUAGCCUCUAGCCCUUUGCAGGACCCAAACAACAACGGCCUUUGUUCCCAGGAUGGUGAUCCGUGUGUAUAUUGCAUCUUCCUCUGGUUCUACAGCGAUUAAGAAGAAACAGCAAGAUGUGCUUGGUUUUUUAGAAGCUAACAAAAUAGGAUUUGAAGAAAAAGACAUUGCAGCCAAUGAAGAGAAUCGGAAGUGGAUGAGAGAAAAUGUACCUGAAAACAAUCGACCAGCCACAGGAUACCCGCUGCCACCUCAGAUUUUCAAUGAAAGCCAGUAUCGUGGGGACUAUGACGCCUUCUUUGAAGCCAGAGAGAAUAAUGCAGUUUAUGCCUUUUUAGGCUUGACAGCCCCACCUGGUUCAAAGGAAGCAGAAGCUCAGGCAAAGCAGCAAGCAUGAACCUUAAGCAUUCUGCCUUAAGCAUCCCGAAAAAGGAAUCUCUAUUGCUUUUAAAAUUAUCUUGGUUUGAAGAGAAAUCAGCUUAAUGUUGAAAUAAUAGACUAGUUGGUUUUUCACAUGCAAACAAUCAAAAUGAAUACAUAAUUAAAGUAUGAAUAUUACAAUGAGGAGAAUGGGAGUUGCACAUAAAAUUUUUAGAUGUCAUGGAAUAGUAUUUUUAUCUUCCAAGGCAUUUUAUGUACUUCAGUGAUUUUAGAAAGCAAAGAUCUGUCCCUUUUUUGGUAUUAUAUCACAACGUAAGUAUAUCUGUAGCUUUAUGUUGAAGAAUUUAAAACACAGAGUGAAAGAAUCUGUCUCUUGUCCUAAAUUGCCUCAUUAAUUUUAAUUAACAAAAAUAUGUACCCUUUUGAUGUGAUGUUAUUGUGAUUAAAAAGUAGCUGCAGGUAAAGAUUAUGAUAUGUUAGACACUGUAAUUUCUUAUGGUAAUUAUAACAUUCCCAUUAUUUUGUAAUUGAAACUUCUAUGUAGUAAACCACAGGUUUUCUAGGCUUCUAAGUAUAGCCUUUCAUUAUACAUUUCAGUGAUCAGAACAGAUGACCUCCUACAAAAAGUAGAUGCAUUCAGUUGACAACUUCCUUGCUUAACUACACAGCUAUGAUGCAAUCAUGUUUCUAAGUUGCUUGCCCCAGUGAAACAUGCAUAUAUAUGUUAUGAAUGUAGGCUAGCAUGUAAGUUUAAAAUGGCAUUCUUUUGCAAAGAGCUCAGACUUUUAACUAACUGCUAUAAGAUAGGUCAGCACUCAGUGCCCAAGACUGAUUUUUGUAGGGUCUUUGCUAAAAAAAUCUUAGCAGUUCCCCCUUUUAAUACAACUUGUGAUCAUGAAUGUCACUACCUCUUAGAUAUUUGAUAUGUUCGUUUCAGUUUAAUCAUAUAUUGUGUGACUUCAUUAAUCUAAGCAGAGAGAAUCUUUUCUAUGCUUCUAUUCCAGUGAAUAGCACAAGUAUCAGAUAAAAGGGUCCAUUUUUAAAAUUUUAAUUAUGAAAACUUCUAAGAAAACAAGAAACAUUAUGGCCUAAAUUCUUUACCCAGAAGAUAUACAUAUUGUACUUUAAUGCCACACUAAAACUUAAAAAAAGUUUUAAUUUAAAUUACUUUAUCAUAUCAUUUGAUAUAUGCAAGUCUGUGCUCUUUGCCAAAAUCAACAUAUAAUGAACAUGGCUUUGUUUACUGAGAGUCAAACUUGAUGCAAUGCUUUAAAAUAAAUUCAGUCCUUUUAGAAACAUAAUUUAUGUGUUCCUAGAGUAUCUAAAUGGUAUAAUAGUAAUUUUAGAUGAAUAAUACAUGUUUUAGAAGGUGUGAAAGGAGAAAAGAAAAAAUAACAGAGAGAAAAUAAUUUGAAUGCAAUUUCUAAAUUUCCUUUUUAGGAUUCUAAAUUUUGUUACACACACUAGAAUAUCACAAAGACCUAUUCCGUUGUUUUGUCUACAAAAAUAGGCCAUGGGGCACUCUAGAGAAAACAGGAUGCCUUGUAAUAGAUUCUGGAAAAUGCAAAAAAAAAAAAAAAUUGGUCAAUAUCUUUUCCUGAGCUUUAUUAAAUGCUGAUGAUGCUACUUGCAAAAUUCCAUGUGGACUUUUUUUAUACUUACUC